GAUUUGUGGACAUUCAUAGCCCUGCAUGGACUGUCCUUUGGUAGGGAAGCAGAGGGUCAGAGAGGGUCAUUAGCAUGGUGGGAAUGACUAAGCUGGUAUUUAUGGUAAUUUAGUUGGAAAACAAGGGGUUGUUUUGUUACAAGUGUAUCUAUAUGAUGCCAUGCUCUUUAGCAUCAUGUUCCUUUAACCCGGAGGCAUUACACACAGUUCGAAAGUAAGUGAGAAAAUAUACACACAGACUCGUUGGGCUACUUCAUCAACUUUGCUUCUUUAGAUUAUUCACACACAUACGUUUUUGUUGGAUAGAUUUUGUUGUUUGGAUUAAUCUGUUGAGUUGAGACAAGAGAGAAAUGGGGUAUUGGAAAUCAAAGGUUCUUCCAAAGAUCAAGAAGGUUUUUGAGAAGGACAGUGCCAAGAAGGCAGCUGCAGCUGAAGCUUGCAAGACCUUUGAUGAAUCGAAGGAAGAAAUCAGUAAGGAGUUUGAAGAGAAGAAGACUGAACUUGAAUCUAAAGUGACAGAAAUCUAUGAAGCUUCAUCAGCUGAAAUCAAGACCUUAGUUAAGGAUCCCAAAGAAGCAGGAUUAAAGAAGCAAUCUACUUCAGUUCAAAAGUUCCUUGAUGAGCUUGUUAAAAUCGAGUUUCCAGGAUCAAAACUAGUAUCUGAAGUAUCUUCAAAAUAUGGACCAGUCUAUGUUCCGGGUCCUAUUUUCUUCGUCUUUGAAAAAGUCUCAACCUUUAUUCCGGUAGAGGAAAAGGCAGUCGAGGCACCAGCACCCGAAACAAAAACCGAGGAAGCAACUACUAGCACAGAGAAGGAGAUAGUAGUUGAGGAAGAGAAGAAAGAAGAGGCAGUAGUAGCGGAGGCUUCGGAGAAGACUGAACCACCUCCAGCUGUGGCUGAAACACCUGCCAAGGUGGAGGAAGCAGAGCCACCAAAGCCGUGACUCGUCAUCAAGAAGUAAUUAAUUAAAUCCCGUCUUUGUGAAAAAAAGGUUACAUGCAGUAAAAAGAAAAAAAAAGAACAUUUGUUAUUCUUUAUGAAUAUGUAUCCUUAAUUUCCUUGUAAGUUUGGAUCAUAUAUUUCUGUGUGUGUUGUUUUUUUUUUUUUUUGAAAUUGUAAUAUUAAUUUACUAUCUAGAGAAGUGGUGGGGUACAUUACUCGGUUUCUUCUUCA